AGGCGCCGAGGGCCGCACGCGCCGAGGGCCGCCAGUGCCGCGGCCUCCGCCGCCCGGCCCCGCCAUGUACCCGGCCUGGGGCCUCUACGGGGCGGCGGGGCACUACCCGCCGCCGCCCGCCUCCAUCCCGCCGCCGCCGCUGCCCAUGCCGCCCCCCAACGUGCCGCCCCCCGCCGUCCCGCCGAUGCCGAUGCCCGGCUACCCGCCGCCGGGCCCCGCGCCCGCCCCGCCGCCGCCGCCCGCCGGCACAUCGGGGUUCCUGAGCCUGCAGGAGCAGCACCUGGCGCAGCUGCAGCAGCUCCAGCAGAUGCACCAGAAGCAGCUGCAGUCCGUGCUGCUGGGACCGCCGCCGCCGGGGCCGCCGCCACCGGGGCUGCCGCCGCCGCCGCUGCCCGGGUCCUUCGCCGAGUGGCAGCAGCCGCCGCCGCCCGCGCCGCCGCCCGCCCGCAGCUACCAGAAGCAAUUCGCCCACCGGGAGCCCGGCCGCAAGCCGCCCGCCGCCCGGGAGCGCGACGGGCAGGAGGCGCCGGGCGGUCGCGGGGACUGGGGCGAGCCGGGCCCCGCCGAGCCGGUGCCCAUGGACAUGGAGCUUUCGUCGCCGCCGCAGUCCCCGCAGGCCGUCCCGCCUUACCCGCCACCCGGCCCGGCCUUCCUGCCGCCCCCAGCCGAGCCGUUCCCGGCGCAGCCGCCCCCGGCGCAGUCCCCGCCGCUGCAGCCCUACCUGCCCCGGGCGCAGCCCUCGCAGCCGCCCCCCGCCUUCUCCGAGCCGCCGCCCGCCUACCUGGAGCCCCCGCCGGCCGCCGCCUCCCAGCCGUACCUGCCGGCCCAGGGCUACCUGCCGCAGCCCCAGCCCUACCUGCUCUCCUCGCAGGCCUCCCCCUCCCAGCCGGCUCAGCCCGGCAUGCCCCCCUCCGUCCCUCCGCCGGCCAAGCCCUCGCAGGCCCAUUUCCCCCCGCCCCAGACGCCCUUGUCCCAGCCCGAGGCCGCGCCGGGGGCCGCCAAGGAAGCCGGUGGCGGCGAGCAGCCCGACCCCUCCACCAUGACUCCCCAGGAACAGCAGCAGUACUGGUACCAGCAGCACCUGCUUAGCCUGCAGCAAAGGGCGAAAGCCCACGCUCAGGGACAGCAGCAAAUGAAAGGUUCAGUGGUGAUAGAUGCAUCUGAGCAGAGAGCAAAGUCUGAAGAAGGGAAAAUAAGUGCUUCAACUCAGCAGUCUGAACCUCCUCCACUUAAUGAACCCCUGCCUCCAGCUUCCAAAGAAGAUGAGUCUUCUCUUACAUCCACUGAAACUCAGCUCAAUAUUGAACCUCCCGAUGACCCUGAGGAAGAUUUGAGACUGCAGCAAUUGCAAGCGGCAGCAGCUCAAUGGCAGCAGCAUCCCCAGCACCGGGUUGGGUUUCAGUAUCAGCGAAUAAUGCAGAAGCAUGCCCAGCUGCAGCAGAUAGUACAGCAGUAUCAACAGAUCAUGCAACAGCCUCCACAUUUACAGACAAUGUCAGUGGAGAUGCAGCUGCGGCAUUAUGAGGCACAGCAAAAACAGUUCCAGCAGCUUCAUAAAGAUUGGGAACGAUCAAUGAACCAACAGUGGCAGCAUCAGCUUCAAACCUACCCUCACAAAGACCAGCUUCAAGAGUAUGAGAAGCAAUGGAAGGCAUGGGAUGAACAGAUGAAGGUCACUCAGUCCCAUCUACAGGAGAAAGUGAGCUCACUACAAAAUCUGAAGAAUCAGUAUCCUGCAAAUGUUUCGCUGCCUCCUCCAUUUGUUCCAUAUUCUCAAACCAGUCAAGGUGGCAUUCCUAUUAUGCCUCCAAAUUUACUUUCAACUACUCCACCACUGGUCCCCCCGCCUCUCUCUUCUGUUUCUCAGUUACCCAAUUCCUCUGUCCCUUCAGGAUCCAGUUCUCAAAGCAGUCAAUCUACUGAGACACCAAGGCCAGCUCUGCUUCCCACUCCUGGUACCUAUGCAUCAAAAAUAGGUAGUUCGACUGUCUAUUCACCUUAUCAUUCUCAAGUAAGUUCGUCCUUUGGCUCUUCGGACCACGGAAAGUCUCAAGUUCAUCUUGGUAAACAAACUGGCUCUGUUUCGUCUGAGCAAGGAUGCGGGGAACUGAAAGCUGCCUCUGCAGUGUCUUCAACACAUGCACCUACCAUGCAGGAUAAACCAGUGAGGUCAGGUGGAUUGCUUCCAGAUCCCCCCAGAUCAGCACGUUUUGAAGGCCCCAGAGGCCCUAGAUUUGAUGGUCCUCGAGGAAGAGGAUAUGACAAGUUUGAAGGCUCAAGGCAGAGAGGGCAUCGUUUUGAUUCUCAGCGCUCAGAAGGAUACAGGUCACGUUUUGACCGACAGAAUACAGACGGACAGUCUUCGAGUAGAUGGGGGACUAUUCCACGAGGACCAGCAGCACAAUUUUAUACUUCAACAAAUGCAUCACAUGGACAUGGUUCCCGACCUAGUGGUCCACGGUGGAGGGGGCCCAGGCCUCACUUGGGGCAGCAGCAGCAGUCACAGACAGACUCACAGUCAGAAAACAAAGAACCUUUUACAGACAUAGCUGGCAAUCAGCAAACUGUAAGCAGAACGCAGUCGACUUCUGAUGCACAGAGUACAGGUUCCAUUGAGCCAAAUGAGGACCUGACAAACACUGAACAGGAGCCAUCCAAACCUGAAGUCAAAGAAACUGUUUCAGACCCUCCUAAAAAGUGGACAUGGAGUUCACAUGAUCCUAACCAGCAAGCAGAGGAGUCCAAAGCACCUACUCCGCCUAUUCAGAACCAGAACUCAACAUCCCAUUCUAGUAAUGCUGUAGCUUUGGAGUCAGGUAUCACAAGAACAAGCGAUGAAGUAACCUCUGUAACAGGAAAUCAGGAUUUGGAUUCAUCAGAUGGUCAGUUGAUUGAUUCAGAUGGCACCCAGGGCCUGCCUGGAACAGAAAGCAGAGGGAAAGGGACAUUUAUGCAUGAAGAUAGAGGCAGGGGACCAGUAAGCAGAGGAAGGGGCCAGGGCAGACUGGGUGAUGGCCGUGGCAGAGGGCAAGGGGAUGGCCGUGGCUGGGGAAUGGGCCGUGGCAGGGGGAUGGGAAGGAUGGAUGGUGGCCGAGGAAUGGGAAGGAUGGAUGGUGGUCGAGGGAUGGGAAGGAUGGACGGUGGGUGGGGAAUGGGCAGGAUGGACGAUAGCCAUGGCCGGGGAAUGGGCAGGAUGGACGAUGGCCGUGGCAGAGGAUAUGUAUACAGAGGCAGGGGGCAGGCUAGGCAGGCAUCCAUCCGUGGCAGGGGGAUGUUCAGGAGAGCAGGCAGCAGGGAGAGGAUGCCAGAUAGGCGGUCAGGCAGCAGGGAGAGGAUGCCAGACGGACGAUCUAGCAGCCGAGAGAGAGGACUGGGUGGACGAUCAGAUAGCCAUGAGAGGCUAUUCUCUAGCCGAGACAGAGAGCUAGCUGGACGGACAGGCAGCCGAGACAGGGGACGAGCUGGUAGCCGGGAGAGAGGCCCAGUCAGGCGGGCAGGUAGCCGGGAGAGGGAGCCCAUGCGAAGGGCAGGUAGCCGGGAGAGGGAACCCAUGCGAAGGGCAGGUAGCCGGGAGAGGGUCCCUGUCAGGCGGGCAGGUAGCCGGGAGAGGGUCCUUAUCAGACAGGCAGGUAGCCGGGAGAGGGGUCCUAUGAGAAGAGCAGGUAGCCGGGAAAGGGAAGCAGGAAGAUCUGAAACAGGCAACAUAAAUAAACCCAUUCACCUAGGAGAUGACCCUGACAAAUUACCUCCGUACCAUCGAGAUGAGACACUCAGGGGUUCUUGGGGUCACGAAGAUGAUAGAAUGCAGGAGCAAUUUCCUUUAGAUAGUCAAGAUGACCCUUCUAUGGAGCAUGAGCGAUUGGAUGACUGGGAAAGAGAACGAUACUGGAGAGAUCACAGCUCUGAUUACCAGGAUGAUUCUGUAGAAGUGUAUGACAGAGAUGACAGGUUGCAAUCCCACCAUUCAUUGCCUCCAUUAUCUCCCUUGCCACCACUACCUCCUUUAUCAUCUGAUCAUGACAGACAAGAUUCAUGGUGGGAUGACUGGAAAAGGCCAAGAGAGAGGGAAUUAGAGAGAGAUCUAGAUAGAACUGGAAGAUCUUCAGACAUUUAUGAUCAAGAUUUAGACAGGGAAUGGGACAGAGACUGGGACAUGAGACCUAUGGGUGACCGAGAAAUGGGGAAUCAUGACCUGGAUAUCCCCCCUCUACCACCACUACCACCUCUUCCACCUCUGGACAGAUACCGUGAAGACAGAUGGAGAGAUGAUAGGAACAGAGACCAUUAUGACAGAGACCUCCGAGACAGGGGGGAGCUGAGGAUUCGAGAGUAUCCAGAGAGAUAUGACACAUGGCGGGAGAAGCAAGACUACCUUCCUGAAAGGAAUGACUGGGAGAGGGAACGGUUGUCAGAUAGGUGGUAUCCAGAUGAUGGAGACAGACUGCGGUCUUUGGAUGAUCAUUCAGAUUCAUCCCUUCCUCCACCUUCACAUUCCUCUGAUAUGCUGGGGUCGGAUUCAAACCUGGACUCUGACCAGUCCUUGGGAGGAGUGAUGGUCCUUAGCCAAAGACAGCAUGAGAUAAUUCUGAAGGCUGCCCAGGAGCUCAAAAUGCUUCGAGAGCAAAAAGAACAGCUACAGAAGUUGAAAGAGUUUAAACCUGACAUUUCCACACAGGACUCUUCUAGAUCACAGACCACAAGCACGAGGCCAGGUGCCUUUCAGGAACGCUGGGAUGAGGAUUCUUUCCAUGGUCUCUGGGACACAAAUGAGGAUAAAGGAGCGAAUAUGGAGUAUCAGUUGUGUAAACAGGAGUCAAUGAGACCUCCCCCCGUCUCCUCGCCUGUGAAAGUACCUCCUGUUCACACCUCUCUUCCGUCAGUGGUACCAGUGUCGCUUCCUCCAGUUAUUCCACCGGUUCCUAAAGCGCCUGUGAUACAGCAAACUGUGGAUUAUGGCCAUGGGCGAGAUAUAACCACCAGUAAAGUGGAACAGAUUCCAUAUGGGGAGAGGGUAACCCUGUGUCCGGAACCUCUACCGGAGAGGCAAACAUUUCAAAAAGAGCAUCCCAGUCGUUACAGCAGAGAAAGAGAUCGUGAGCCUUAUUUUGAGCGUCAAGGUACUUCCAACACAGAUCAUCGGGAUUUCAAGAGAGAGCGGGAAUUGCACAGAGACCGUGGUUCUGUGGACUAUGAACGGGAGAGAUUUGAAAAAGAGCGGCAUCCACGAGAUGAUAGGGUUCUUCCUACUACACCUACAAGGACUCAGUCUUACCGUGACAAGAAAGACCAUCCUCCCUCCAGGCGAGGUGGUUUUGAAAGACCACCUUAUGAACGAAAGACGGAUCGUCCAGCAUAUGAUCAUGGUCCUCCCAUGUUUGGAGAAAAUUCUUCUGUCCAAACACUGGAAUUUGAAGGUGAUCGUAGAAAUUACCCUGAGGAAAGGAUUCCUAUUUCUGCUCCAUCAAUGCCUCGUCAGCCACCACCUGCUCCACGAGUGGAAAGGAAGCCAGAAUCUAAAAAUGUAGAUGAUAUUUUGAAGCCACCAGGACGAGAUAGCCGUCCAGAGAGGAUUGUAAUCAUAAUGAGAGGGCUGCCUGGCAGUGGAAAGACACAUGUAGCAAAACUCAUCAGGGAUAAAGAAGUAGAAUGUGGCGGACCUGCACCAAGAGUGCUCAGCCUGGAUGACUAUUUUAUCACUGAAGUGGAAAAAGAGGAGAGAGACCCAGAUACAGGGAAAAAAGUGAAAAAAAAGGUGAUGGAGUAUGAAUACGAAGCUGAAAUGGAAGAGACCUAUCGUACCAGCAUGUUCAAAACAUUCAAAAAGACCUUGGAUGAUGGCUUCUUCCCCUUCAUUAUCCUUGAUGCUAUCAAUGAUAGAGUGCGACAUUUUGAACAGUUUUGGAGUGCUGCAAAAACCAAAGGUUUUGAGGUAUACUUAGCUGAAAUGAGUGCCGAUAACCAGACUUGUUCCAAGAGGAAUAUUCAUGGACGCAAGCUAAAGGAAAUCAGCAGGAUGUCUGAUCACUGGGAGGCAGCACCACGUCACAUGAUGCGCCUGGACAUUCGUUCUUUAUUGCAGGAUGCUGCUAUCGAAGAGGUGGAGAUGGAGGAUUUUGAUGCAAAUAUUGAAGACCAGAAAGAAGAAGUCAAGAAGGAUACAGCAGAGGAGGAAGAAAGUGAACUGGGUUACAUUCCGAAAAGCAAAUGGGAGAUGGACACUUCUGAGGCAAAGCUAGAGGGAAUGCUGCCUUUCUGUGGAGAUUUAACUUCAAAUUCGGCAGAUUUAACUUAAAACAAAAGAAGAAUCUUAACUGAAUCGUGUAACAAGAUAACGUGUAACAGAGACAAAUAUUCUGCACAGUUUUGUUAAAUGUUGUGGUUUUUUAAUUAAAAAGGCAGAGGGGGAUUAAAAUGUUUUCCUAGAAGAAAUUCUGUAUCUGCUCUAGGGAAAAGGUGGAGUCUUUAAAAAUUUGAGAGUUUUAUGAGGGAGAAAGUACAUCGUUAGUUUAUGGCAUUUAAAUUACACUAGCAUGUCUACAUCACCAUUGUCUCACAUUUAUCUCCAUCAUUGCUCUUUUCUCUCUCAUAUUAAGUAAAAACUCUCAUCUCUGAACUUUUUUAAAUACGUAACUUUGAACAUCCUCUUCUGCUAUCUAGAAAAUACACUGCCUUGUAUUUGGUUUAUUUCUGAGGGCUUUUGUGUGUAAAUUUAAUUAUAUCAGUGACUUCUGAAACAAUGUUACUGGCAUCACUGGAAAGGGUUUACAGAAUGUAACUGCCAAGCUUACCAUUCCUCCUGCAUAUGCUUGAAUUGUUGGCUUAUAGGAUGGAGUCGUACAUUGACAGAAAUACUAGGAUUUCCUUCGACUUGUGAAGCUGUUAUUCAUUUUCAUGCUUUGUUGUUCGUAAUCGUACAAUGAAUACUUCAUCUCCUUUCCAAAAUCAGUUUGCCACGUAAUUUAAAGGUGUUUUGUCACAGAAAACACGUGUCCAAAGAGGAAUGAAAUUUUAGAACCUAGGAAUGUUAUUGUUCCUCCUUAUGCCUUAUUCGUUCAGUAAGAAAAAGAAGAAAAUUAUGACUGUUGGACCAACGUACUGCUCAAAUAUUCAUGACUGACCCCUUACACCAUAAAACAAAACAUUCUGAAUUUUUUUUUCCAGUCCCAGAGGAUUUCUGAGUAUAUUUUCCUUGUGAGGAGAGGAAAAGAAGAGGGGGGGAUCAGGGUUUCCAAGGAGCUUUUUGUUUAGCAGAAACACUAUCUCAAAAGCUUGUCUUUGAUGCAUUAAAUUAUACAAUCAUCACAUGUUCCCUGAUACUGCAUGUAUACCACGUUUGACACAAUAUUAAGCCCCAGAAUUGGGGAAAUUGCUACAGCUUUAGUAUUGCGUUCAAGUACAGAAAGGUGGAUCUGUGGUUACUAGCUGUUGAUGGCUAUAUUGUAUCUGUAAGGACCGACUCCAUAUAGCAUGAACAUCCCGUAAAGCAAGCUUUUCUCCUUCAUACAAGUAACAAGACUGAGUGUUAUUGCCCCACAGUUAAUGUGAAAGAUCAAUAAAACUUGAAAAUGGUGUUGAGUCUUCUCUAGUUUAUUUCAACUCCGACCAUUCCACCUGUCGAGACGAGCUGGAUGUACAAGUUCUGCUGCUCAUUCUUUUGCAAUUUUUUUUUCCACUCUCGUCCUGUUUGUGUGAAUAACAUAUAAAAAAAAAAUUCUCCUUUAACUCUGAGGCUCUUUG